AUGAACCAGUACUUCAGCUCCGUGAACGGCUACCAGGGCUACAAGGAACGCCGCGAAAAGAUGAUGAAGCACGUGAGGCCGUUCGCGUUCGAGUCUCGCGAGCUUGUCAAGCCGCCGCGCAUCCGAGAGCAGCGCGCAGAGGCGGACCAGCGAGCGCGAGAUGCCGCUGCGACGGAGCAUCGUCGGCAUCCGUACAAGGCGACCCCUGUGCCACCGUCCACCUUCAUGAACAAGUAUGAGCUGAUGGUCGAGGAGUGGUGCCAGCGCAAGGCUGCCAUUGAGAUGAUGUCGCGCGAGCGGGCCCGCAUUGCCAAGGAUGACGCGGCCUUUGUGCGACUGUCUGCACAGUCCUUGCGCAGCACGCGGGAAGGGCUUAUGGGUGUCGUAUACGGGCCCGAUGGGAAGCCCGUCACACGGAACGAGCUGCGGCGACGUGCCCGAAGCGCGGACGUCACGAGAAGCCGGCGCAAGGGCACCGGGGCACCGCUUCGUGAGGUGCCUCUAGAGGUACGGAUGAAGCUGUGGCCUGCUCUAAGCGAUCACGAGCGGCUUCGGCGCGAGCGCAUCAAGUUUCUGGCGACUGUGCGCAAGUCCGAGGUGGACGCGGAGGUGCGCCAAGUGAUGCCGCUGCUAACGAGCCCCUCGCCAGCUCGCUGCUACGACGCUGCUAGCCCAGGCGGCAUCGACAUGGCCGCCUUACUGGCGGCUGCAAACGGAGCAAAUGUGGGUGCGGCAGCGCCGUGCUACGGGGUCGGUCAGGCCGUACUUUCCUCUAAGCAAACCCCAUUCCCUACCGCUGAGGCAGGAGCGCUGGCCGCCGCGCUGUCGCCUUCCACGGUGCCACCGCCACCGGCGGCUGCCAGUGGCUUGUCUCCGCUCACGUCCGUGCCCCCUCCUCCAUCUCCUUGUGUGCCAACACCUCAGCCGCCCACUGGCGCAGCAAUGGCGGUGCCGGCGCCGGUGCCGUCUCUUCCGGCUGCCGUUCCUGAGCCGCCCUCAGGUGCUGUGGCGCUGCCGCCCCUGCCAAUUGCUCCCAUGGCGGUUCCCACGGCGCAUCCCCCUUUUUUCCCUACUGGUAGCGCUGUGCCGGCCCCUCCAUCAGCCGGGCCGCCGCCGCCGCCAGCUGCCUCCGCGCCCUCGCCGGCACCGACUGCUGCUGUCGUGGCACCAGUCUCUUCAGCCACAGCGGGUGCUGCGGCGGGCUCGAAAGCAGCGAAGCAGAGCACGCAGCAAGAUAGGGAGGCAUCGUGGCGCCGCUAUAAUCCGCAGCUCACCUUCAAGCCGAAUGUGCGGCCAGGUGUGCCGAAUUUCGAAGCGCUCUGGGCGCACAACAGGGCGGCGCUUGCUCAGAAGAAGCUACAGCACCCGACGACGGUGCCGCAGCCGUUUGACUUGACACCUAGUGCGCGGGACAACAAAACUGUGGGGCGUCGGCCGGCGCGCAGCACCUCCGCACUCGGGCCGCCGCGCCGCCACGGAUCGCCGUCGGGCGGCAAGAAGCGGCAGGCAGCGGACACGCCGUCGAUGCCAGCUGGGAACGUGACGGCACUCGCGCCACCGCGCAGCGGCGCUCCUCGCGGCACCCGCGCUCACGCCCUGCGGACGCAGGCGAUCUACUCGCACCAUGUCAAACAGUCCGAGGAGCAGAGUGUGACGGCGGAAGGUGAUGAGCAGUACUGGAAGGCGGUGGCGCAGCGACAACGCGAGGUGCGGAAGCGGCUGUCGGCGUACCUGGUCGACCACCACGCCGAGCACGAGCGGGCGAUCACGGAGAAAGUGCGGGCUCUGCGUGCUGCCAUGCGGGAGAGCGAAAAGGCAGCCAAGGAGCGGCUGGCAGAGAUGAAGCAGAGGGUCGCCGAAAUGCCGCCGGUGUUCGCCGAGCCGGUGCACCUGAACGAGCAAUCCAAGGUGCGCGUGGAGGCGGAGAAGAUCGUCUUGCAGUCUCUCAAGGAAGCGGGACUUGAUGGAGCCACCAUCAAGCGCAUCCUCACCUCCCCGUUGGCCGCCGCCACGGAUGCCGCGACGGACGCACUCGGCGCUGAAGCAGCGGACACGAGUAGGCUCGAAGGGGAUGGCGUUUCGCCCAUCGCGGCCCGUGAAGAGGACUCGGAGGCACAAGGAGCGCCGCCCAGCGCGGCUGCACCCAGUCCCCUCAGCAAAUACUCGGAGGCCUCGAAGCACGGCUCUAGCGGCAGCGGUAGCAGCAGCGACAGCGACAGCGACGACAGCAGCACCACAGGUCGAAGCCGCAGCAGCGGGGGUUCCAUCAAGAAGUCGCCGCCUGGGAGCUCCGUGACCAGAAGAUCUUCUUGCCCGUCCGCCUCGACGCUUUCUGUGCGGGCGCCGCCGAAGCCGGUGGUGGCGGACAGGAGGAGCGCUACCGAGUACAGCGACGACAGCUUUGAGUCUUCGGAUAGCGACUAG